AUGUGUAGCCACGGAGGAGCAGCUCACGGAUCAACGCUGAGAGUCCGUCAAUGGGGUCGCUGGCUUUUCUGUCCGGAUGGGAUGCACACUGAGCUUCGUGCGCUGUGAAGAAGACUUCCUAUCCAUGCCGGUUGAGCAGCAUGAUGACGACGAGGAAGAGGACAAGAUGAAGAAGAAGAGGAAAGACUGCAGCCUCCUCGAGACAGAAGAAGAUCGAAGUGGGAAAGGCUCGUGCGGUGAAAGAACGCUUUGGAUGUGUCCAAGAAGAAAGGGAAAUACAACUUCUGCCGUGUGUUCCGAGACGACGGCAAUGUCCCUCUUGUUGCCCGAGGAAUUGGAAGCCGUGCAUUCUCACACGUUCCGCGAGAAGACUUUCAAGAAGUCCAAGACCUGCGGCGUUUGCAAACUCAUCAUCGUCCACGACGGACUCGUCUGCAGAGUUUGCCGAAUUCCCUGCCACAAGAAAUGCGAAGCAAAGGUGUCUUCGUCUUGCGUUCCUCUCAGCAACUACGAGCUGGCGCCCACCGCCGACCUGCCUCUCAAACAUGUCGAGACCAUGGGCUCGACGAAAUCCUCCAAAAGCACCGAGUCACGCCGCAGGGCUUCCAGGAGCGUGAGUCUGCUGCAGUCCCUGGAGGAGAGCUACGAGUUGGACCUGCUCUACAUCACAGAGAGGAUCAUCGCCGUCUCGUACCCCAGCGGCGCCGAGGAGCCCGGGUAUGCCGCCAACCUGCGCGAGGUGGCCUCCAUGCUGCGCUCCAAACAUGGCCACAACUACCUGCUCUUCAACCUCAGCGAGAAACGCUACGACAUCGGCCAGCUUCACUCCAAGGUGUUGGACUUUGGCUGGCCCGACCAUCACGCGCCAGCCCUGGAAAAGAUCUGCAGCAUCUGCAAGGCCAUGGACACGUGGCUGAGCGCGGACGGCCGCAACGUGGUGGUCCUACACAAUAAGGGCAACAGAGGCAGAACGGGAGUCGUGGUGGCGGCCUUUAUGCACUACAGCAACAUCUCCGCCAGCGCUGACCAGGCUCUGGACAGGUUUGCCAUGAAGCGCUUCUAUGAAGACAAAGUGCUUCCAGUGGGUCAGCCCUCUCAGAGAAGGUAUGUGGAGUACUUCAGCGGCUUGCUCAGCGGACACAUCAAGAUCAACAACAAGCCGCUCUUUCUUCACCAUGUCAUCAUGCACGGCAUUCCCGACUUUGAGUCCAAAGGAGGAUGCCGUCCUUUCCUGAAAAUCUACCAGGCAAUGCAGCCCGUCUACACAUCUGGGAUCUACAAUGUUCAAGGCGACGGUCAGACGAGCAUCUGCAUCACCAUCGAACCGGGCCUGCUUCUGAAAGGAGACAUUCUGCUCAAGUGCUACCACAAGCGUUAUCGCGGCCCGUGCCGGGACGUGAUUUUCCGGGUGCAGUUCCACACCUGCGCAGUUCACGACUUGGGAAUCGUCUUUGGCAAAGACGAGCUCGAUGAGACGUUCAAAGAUGAGAGGUUCCCGGAAUAUGGCAAAGUGGAGUUUAUAUUUUCUUUUGGCCCAGAAAAAAUGUAUGGUAUGGAUCGCCUGGAGAACGGGCCGAGCGUCUCUGUGGACUACAACACGCAAGAUCCGCUGAUUCGCUGGGACUCCUACGAGAACUUCAAUCACAAUAACGAGGACACUGCAGAAGAAGUCAUCCACACUCAAGGACCCCUGGAUGGGAGUCUCUAUGCCAAAGUGCGUAAAAAAGACUCCGUUGAUGGGACCGUCACGGUCAACGGGCUCGCACCCGCGGCUGACGAACACACCCUGCCCGCCGUCGACCACGCCUUGUCAGUGAGCAGCGACUCGGGAAACUCGACGGCCUCGAUUAAAACGGACAGAACGGAGGAAGCGGCGGCCGUCCAUCCGGCGGUCAACCCGCCAAGUGUUCCCACCGUUGAGGAGGUACCUCAAGUCCAUCACCGCGACCGGCAAGCCAUCAGCCCCCGGGAGAAGCGGGAGCUGGAACAGCUCCUGGGCGGACUGGAGGGGCCCAUGCAUCGUGAGACCUACCGCGCCUCGCCGACGUCCGCCGUCGGCGGGAUGCUCCGCCUCGUGCCGGCUCAGGUGCACGUGAACGGUCACGGCGCCGUGGUUCGGGAAACGGAUAUUUUAGAUGAUGAACUACCGAGCGGCCAAAAGGCCAACAGCGUGGACAGCCUGGGGACGUUCUCCUCCACCGAUGGCCGAGCCACGCCGGCGGAUCUCUACUUCCAGGCGGAGUCGGUCAUUAACGGCCAGGACCACGUGGCGUACCUGGAGCGCAGUGUUGCGGAAAGCCCGGUUGAAACGGCGCAGUCGCAAAGUUGCUUCACAGACCAACGGAAUGAUUCUUCGCCGCCCUCCAACGAUAUGGCAACUCCGAAUCUGUCCCGUUCGCUGUCCCUCGGUUCGGAUUCGCGGUCAAUGCCCCCGGCUCCCGCCCGGACCACCAGUAGCAGGGACGCCGUCCAACGCGGUCUCGAUAUUUGGCAACGGUUCGGCGUGCCCGAGGAGCCUGUGACCGAGGGGCUCACUUUCGGGACGCCGCCUGCUGCGGUCAGCGUGCCGGUUCACCAGAGCCUUCCGCGCUUCCCUCACGGCCGCAGCGCUUCACAGGAAGAGAUUGAGCGAUCCAUAGAGACGCUCAAUCUUCUCAUGUUGGACUUGGAGCCCGGCCGUUCUUUCAUCCCCAAGUCGCAAAGCGCUCCUCUGAGGGACACCGGCGUCGUCACCGCGCAGCCCUCCUUCUCUCCGAGCCCGAGCCGAGCCAUCUAUGAGGUGGAUACUCCUCCCACGUCCAGCCGGCAGUCACCCGUGAAACCCAGCACGCCGGAGCCCGAGCCCGUGUUUGGAUCGCAGGCCACCGGAACCGGUCAGCCGCGGCCCCGGGCGGUUGACACCUUCCGGCCGAGCGCUUCGCCUCAGUCCGCUGAGGUCUUUCAGCAGCAAAGACGCGCUGGCGCUGGAGCGACUUUGCCCGCUUCAGGGGACGCCGACCCCGAUGAAGUCUUCAACGUUGAAGGGCUGGUGGCUCAAAGAGUUGCAGGUGUCCACUCGCGUACGACGUCUCCGGACGAGCCGACGGUCGUUCCCUCCCGUCGCAUCGCCAGCGAGGGCCCAGAAGACGGCACCUGCGCCGACGUCCCAGUCCGUUCUCCUGUUCGUUGCGUUUCUCCCGAGUUCGUCAACGCCAUCGCCAUGAACCCCGGCGGACGGCCCAAGGAGAGACACAUGCACAGCUACCGAGAAGCCUUCGAGGAGAUGGAGGGUGGGCCCAGUAGCCCGACCCCCACAGUUGGUGGCGAGGCGCCUCCCGCGAGCCCCGCCUUCCCCACCUCGGCGCAAACCCCUUACUUCAACCUGUGUCGCUCCCCUCCGGGUCUGGCCAAGACGCCACUGUCGGCAUUGGGCUUAAAACCCCACAACCCGGCCGAUCUCCAGCUCAAUCAAACGGGCUCAGCACCCCGAAGUUACGUGGAGUCGGUCGCGAGGUCGGCCGUCGCCGGCGAAGAGCAACCCGCCGCGGCCCGCGGCCUUCCCGAGCCGCAGAGAAGUCCCAGUCCCGUUUCCCGCGCCCUCAACUCGCCGCCGUCCGGUAGCGGCCCCGCCCGCGGCCCACGCGUCUGUCUGUCUGAUGACAAAAGAACCAUCUUUCAAUUGGCUUCCAGCGAUCCGGCCUCGGCAGAGAGCGACUCCGGCGCUCCGUCCCAAGCCGCGAGCGAUUCAAGUUUGCACGCGCAGGCGGCAGUGGGCGCUUACUCCACCCCAACGGCCUCAUACCACGCCGCUCUCGAUUCCCUUUCCGCCACGUGCUCCUCCUACCUCGGCAUGGCGACUCCCGGCGCCCAUCCGAGGGGCGGCGUGGCGUCCUGCCCGGAGGCCUCCGAGACCGCGGCCAGCCCCGGAAGUCGGCGGGCUUGCGUCCCGACCUCGGCUGACGGCGCCGCCUCGGACGAGCACCCGGGCGCUCAUCGGGAGGGCCGCUCGGUGGCUCACAACGGGUUUGAGACGGGCGCAGCGGAGUUCGGCGGCGGUCCCGUCCUCGGACGCCGUCGGUCUCAGGGAAGUCCGAGCGCUCAAGGGCUCGUCCGACAGGCCUCGACGGAUGCGUGGUCUCAAGGGAGCCCGAUCCUCGGCGGACGAGCGUCCUCGGGACCGAGCGUUCCCGUGCUCAGCAGGCAUCCGUCUAUUUCCCAAUCGGGCGGCAGUCCCGUGCCGGGCCGUCACCCGUCGGUGUCGCAACAGAGCCCCUCCGGCUGCGCCACCCCGGACGAGUGGCACGGCGACCCGUCCGGGCGGCGCGGUUCCUCGGGCUGCCGGGGACCGCCGACCCCCUCCUUCCCCGUUUUCCCCGCGCUGUACCAGGACGCGGGGCCGGCGGGCGCGGCAUGCUUCCGACAGGGAAGCGCGACGCCCGCCUUUCAACCUCAGCUUCCGGAAAAGAGGCGCAUGUCGAGUGGCGACGGAGCAAACGCGACGCCCUCUUACGGCUUCUUGAACGGGAAGGUGGCGUCGCCGGCGAGCCCGGGAAGCAAUCGCGGCUACUUCCACACGCUCUCGGACUUCUCGCGCUUCAACAUGGCUGAUGGCGGUCCCGAGAGCAGGCUGAACGUCAAGUUUGUCCAAGACACGUCAAAGUUCUGGUACAAGCCCGACAUCUCCAGAGAAGAAGCGAUCGGCGUGCUGAGGGAACGCCAACCCGGGGCCUUCGUCAUCCGGGAUAGCCACUCCUUCAAGGGGGCUUACGGCCUGGCCAUGAAGGUGGCCUCUCCCCCACCGUCGGUGCAGCCCAACAAGAAAGGCGACGCGGCCAACGAGCUGGUGCGCCACUUCCUGAUCGAGAGCAGCCCCAAAGGAGUCAAACUCAAGGGUUGUCCCAAUGAGCCCUACUUCGGUUGUCUGUCGGCCUUGGUCUACCAGCACGCCAUCACGCCUCUGGCCCUGCCCUGCAAGCUGCUCAUCCCCACCACAGAUCUCGUUGAGGAAGAGGCCGACGUCGUGCAAAGCGACCCGCCGGCUGAGCGACUGAAACACGGAGCAGUGCAGACGGCCCCGGCCGAGUCCCACGCGUGCAACGUGCUCUACAUCAACUCGGUGGACAUGGAGUCGCUGACGGGCCCCCAGGCCAUCGCCAAGGCCAUUUCCCAGACCCUGGCCGCCGCUUGUCCGUCCGCCGCCACCGUCGUGCACUUCAAGGUGUCCUCGCAAGGCAUCACCUUGACUGACAACCAGAGGAAGGUCUUCUUCCGGCGCCACUACCCCUGCAACACCGUCACCUUCUGUGAUAUUGACCCUCAGGACAGAAAGUGGAAGAGGCCAGAAGGGGGCGCAGCCAAGUUGUUUGGUUUUGUGGCCCGUAAGCAGGGGAGCACGACGGACAACGUCAGCCACCUCUUCGCCGAGAUGGACCCCCAGCAGCCCGCCGGCGCCAUCGUCAACUUUGUCACCAGGAUGGUGACUUUGCAAAAGCCAUGAGCACCUUCGAGCAAACCUGGCACCCCACCCAAACGCGCCCCUCCCACACAAAUGGCCUUUGCUCACUUCUUGACCUCCGUUGACGGACAGACGGGCGGACGCUUCAUUUCACAUUUGCAUCUUGCUUGCAAUUUUCUUUUGGGACGGACUCCAGAGUGGACAUGCGGAAGUGUGGAAAGGGGACGGAAGCCGGACGGGACAACGGGACGGGGGGCGCCUUGGCUCUCCCCGCAAGGGAAAGACGUUUGGUUGGCCCGAGUGCCUGCCAAAUGUUUGCACUUUGUUUGAAGCCAAAUGUCAUGCGGGCGGGAAAAUAAUGAAUUGUGGCACACGCUGAAAAAAAAUGCUGGGUUGAAUUUCCUCAAUUCUGUUUCAUCAAGAAUUUGCAUGCAAUAAAAUCAUCUGGGACCAGAUUUGUUUUUGAAGCAGAUGUAUCGUCUGCUUCAAAAAAAAAAGAUCCGGAAGCAUCCAGACAAUGCAACAUUUUUUUCCAGUGUACAGUGAAAACACAUCCGACCAAGUUGGACUGCAGCCAUCCUAUAUUUUUACAGAAUUAAUUGGAGAAAACAUAUUUGCGGAAUGUUGUGAGAUAUGCAUUUUUUUAAAAAUCCAAACUGAAACAAUGUUUCCAUUUUCAAAAUAGUUUAAUUUGGUCAUUGCUUCAUAUAUUUGAUAUCAUUUUAAAUUCCUUUUACUCAAACGUACAUUGGCUCACAGCACAGAAAAUGUCAUUUGGGAGAAAAAAAAGGACCCUAAAUAUCUGCAUCGGGGCUUCAUUGCCAUCUAGUGGCAACUAGGCACAUUUCAGAAAGCAAAAAAAAAACAAACUGGAGAAAGUCAUUUGCCUUAUCGGCUGUCAAUAUUUCACUCUGACCACGAUGUAAGAAGAAAAAACGACAUAAGGACACAGGGCACAUUUUGCGGCGUCUCACAAAGUUGCCCCCCCACAACCCACAAAUGAGCCUUUUGCACCUUGCCCUCAAUGUUUUUGUUUUCCCGACCUCUCAUGACAUGCCUGGGACUUUGGAGUUUUGCGUAUUUGCGAGAAGAAAAAAGUCAAGUUGUGUGACCUCGGUGGAUUGUCACUGGUAGCUUUUGAGCGCCCAACCAAAGACGGAUUUUGUUCCUUUAGUUUGUUUUUCAGGAGUCACGAGCCUUGCGCGACAGGUGGGAGGGUUGCAAGUGCUCUUUUGUCAAAACACAAACGUGGCUGCUGGAUUCUUGCGUUCUGUAUCGACUGAUACUGUCGGUCAAUGACGCAGCAUUGACAGCUCACGAAAACACCACGCUACAGGGAUCCGGGCUUUUAUCAGCCCGUUGUGUGCUGUGUGUAAAUACUUUGUCUCUAUGGGCAGGACUGUUGUUCCAAGUCUUCUGGCUGCCUGACAUCUUUUUUUUUUUUUUUUUAACAGCUUUUCUAUGAAAAAACAAAAGCAAACAAAAACCGAGGGAAAACGAAACAUUCGGCGUUUCAGGAUUUCGGAAGUAUCAGAAAUGAUAUGCAAAAUCUCGAUCCCCCAAAACGUAAAAUCACGCAAAAAUGUACCGCUCACAUUUGAUUAUGUAUUUUACAUCAUACACAAAAAAGAAAGUAUUCUGUAUUUUGUGUGUCAGUGGCUCGAAGAAAAGCAGUCCGCCAAUUACACUGCCAUGAGCUUCUCUUUUGUUUGUUUGUUUUAGUGCUGCACCAGCUGGCCAAAACUAUACAUUCACACCCCACCCAAAAGUAAGCUAGCUCGCUACAUAUAUCUAUAUAUAUAUAUAGAUAUGUUAUGUAUACACAGAUAUAAAUACAGAAGAAAACCUCCAGUGAAGAUAUUUAUUUUUUGCUUUGUUGCUUGACGCUAACUUGUAAACAUGAUUUAUGUGAAAUGAUGACUGAUACUAGAACAGAAUGAUAUACUGUAUAUACAGUAUAUAUCUCUGUCUGUGUGAUAUAGGGUGUAAAGUGAAUGUGUCACUGAUUUAUUUUGAUAACACUCGUUCCCCCCCAGCAUCAAAUAAUCCCAUUUGAGAUGGUUCAUACGAGUCCAUCAUUGAGUUAUUGUUUCCGAAAUGGCAACAUAAUCUUCAUGUCCAAGACGAGCACUUAACCGCAGUGAAAAUGAUGCAUCCACUGUUGAUGACAAUGAUGAUGAUGCAAAAUAUGAAUAAUAAUUACCGUCCAAAGCCAUCUGGUUGGUGUUGCGAUUGCCGCCGCGCUGCCUGAGUGUGAAAUGUCAAUUUUAUCGGUUUAAAAGUCAUUUAUUGUCCUACA